AUGGCAGAGAUGCAUAGCAAUAGCGGAACUAUGCGGUCCGUCAUUUUCGAUGGCCAUCCGUUCAAGAUUCACGUCCGCGAUAUCCCCAAAGCAGAAGUCGUCAAGCGAACGGAUGCGGUGGUUCGGGUCACUACAGCAGCUAUCUGCGGCUCCGACCUGCAUAACUAUCACGGCGUCUUUGGCAGCACCAAGGUCCCUUAUCCUAUGGGACAUGAGGCCAUGGGUAUCGUCGAGGAAAUCGGAGCAGAUGUUGAUUCCGUGAAGGUUGGGGAUCGGGUCAUUAUCCCUGACAUUCCUAAUGGCGUGGGGCUGGAUCUAGAACCAACAAUUACCCCUAUAGUUCCAUUGUACGGAGAAGGAUCCGAAUUUGGCAAUUUGGGAGGCUGUCAAGCCGAAUUUGUCCGCGUUCCACUUGCGGAUAAAUCCUUGAUCAUCCUCGAUAAGGAAUUCGAUGAGAUCAAGGAUGAGGAUCUAGUUGUUCUUUCUGAUAUCUUCCCUACUGCCUGGACGGGGGUCAGUUGGUCUGGCUUCGAGGCCGGAGAUAAGGUCGCGAUUUUUGGCGCAGGUCCAGUGGGACUUCUUGCUGCGUAUUCGGCAAUUAUCCGUGGUGCCUCUCGCGUGUAUUCCAUUGACUGUGUCGAAGACCGACUCGAACUCGCUGCUUCCAUUGGAGCCAUCCCGAUCAACUUCACAAAGGGCGAACCGUCGGCGCAGAUUCUGGCCCGGGAACCAGGUGGCGUUCGACGCACUGUAGAUUGUGUUGGGGAGGAAUGCGUCAACGAAGAAUUGAAGCCCGAUCAGUCCUUCGUUAUCACACAGGCGGCGAAGUGCACUAGCGUGAAUGGUGGGUUAGGGGUUAUUGGGGUACACUUUGCUGCACCGAAUUCCGAGGGAGUUCAACGGGGAGAUACCAUCUCACCGUAUAUGAUGUUUCCUAUUACUCUCUUCUGGGAAAAGAACUUGACCAUUCGUGGUGGUGUGGUGGACAGCAAAUUAUUUGUUGAGCCACUGCUGGAACUUGUGAAAAAUGGCGUGGCUAAUCCGGGCUUCGUCUUCUCUAGCACCAUCGAUAUCGAAGAGGCACCGAAGGCAUACCAACGAUUCUCUGACCACCUGGAGACGAAAGUCAUGAUCAAAUUCUGUUAG